UGAUUGUGUAAUCACACUGUGUUUGUUUCUGUGACGUCCAAAACCUCCGUGUUAAUGAUGUUUACAAACAGAACAACAACAUGGAUGUGAGGCAUCUAUCUGUACGUCCCUCCUGAAUAAGUGUCUAAUUCUCGCGAGACUUCCCGAGAAGUGCAGAAGGUCAGAGCGCUGAAACAUGGCGGAGGAACGCGGACGGAAGUGGGACCGGUGUCUCGCCGACAGCGCUGUGAAGUUCGAAGGUUAUGUAGAAGUUCAUCUGCUUGGCAGGAACUCUGUGGCUGUCAGAUUGUUUCCAGGAUCAGGGGGAAGAUUAACAGUGCAGCAAGUCGCCGGAGUUGUUCAGUUCGUCUCGCCUCAUCCCGUGUCCUGGCUCCGUUCUCCCCGUGAGCUCCAGCUCCAUUUAGACAACUGGGGGAAAUAUUUCCAUCAGUCACUCUGACUGUAGGCUUACAGAGAUUAUACACUGAACAGACCCAGUUAGAGGCGUGGCCUAGAGUCUGAAGGUGGGACUGGAUGUGAUUCGCAUGAAGAUAAGAAAUGCACCAUGUUAUGAGAUGCUGAAAUAUACCACAUGGUAUUAAUGAGGAUAUUACACAUAAGGAAUUAGUGUGAUGCUAAACUGGUGGCCAUAGGCUUCCUUUACUGGUUAGUUACCCUAACGUUGUAGCUCCUGUAUAGAAGCUUGUGAACAUGUGGUGAGCGAGGGUCAGGAUGCAGCCUGUGUGUGAAGAGGAGGAGAGAAACACACACUUUUAAAAGAAAUAACUGUCACCAGUUUCUCUGCCUGUGAUUGGUUUUCUUUUGCC